AUGUUGUUGUAUUAUCUGGCGGCUAUAUUCAAGGGUCUUCAUCCGAGGGUAGAUGAUGAUUUUGUCGAUAAGUUGAAUUAUCAUUAUACAUCAGCGAUAAUCUUCGCAUUCGCCAUUAUCGUUUCCGCCAAGCAGUAUGUUGGAUAUCCGAUUCAAUGUUGGGUACCUGCGCAGUUUACCGAUGCUUGGGAGCAGUACACGGAGAACUAUUGCUGGGUUGAAAACACAUACUAUUUACCGCUGACUAGUGCUUUUCCUUUGGAAUAUGGAGACCGAAGAGCUCGUCAGAUCAGCUAUUAUCAAUGGGUUCCAUUUGUAUUAGCGUUGGAGGCUCUGUGCUUCUACGUUCCCUGCAUAAUGUGGCGUGGUCUCCUUCACUGGCAUUCAGGAAUUAACGUGCAAUCCUUAACGCAAAUGGCAUGUGAUGCUCGAAUGAUGGAUGCGGAUGCAAGAGCUGCCACAGUCCAGACAAUUGCUGGACACAUGGAAGACGCGUUGGAAAUUCAACGAGAAGUCACUGACGUAUCCGGGUUAUGUGUAUCGAAACGAUGGGGAAAUUAUGUCACGUGUCUCUACGUGUUUAUUAAGAUGUUAUAUUUAGGAAAUGUUGUUUUACAAGUUUUUAUCUUGAAUAGUUUUCUUGGUACCGAUAACUUAUUUUACGGCUUCCAUAUUUUGAAAGAUCUCCUUAAUGGCCGAGAAUGGGAAGUUAGCGGUAAUUUUCCUCGUGUAACGAUGUGUGAUUUCGAGGUUCGCGUGCUGGGUAACGUGCAUCAUCACACCGUCCAAUGCGUUCUCAUGAUCAACAUGUUCAACGAGAAGAUUUUCUUGUUUUUGUGGUUCUGGUAUUUUAUGGUGUCGGUAGUGUCAGUGACCUCUAUGUUACAUUGGAUUCUCAUUUCAUUUUUACCUGGUCAGCAUAUGAAAUUUAUUCGGAAGUACUUGCGAGCAACGGAUCUUGCCACUGAUCGACAAUCGGUGAAGAAAUUUGUGCAUAAAUUUCUCGGUUUCGAUGGUGUGUUCUGCAUGCGAAUGAUAUCAGCUCAUGCUGGCGAUAUCAUGGCUACCGAACUGAUUGUUGCUCUCUGGCAUAACUUCAACGAUCGAGUCCGCAAGAGCCCCAUCGAGAUGUUUGAAGGAGGCGUGACUCAAUCACCGAGCAAACUUGACGCGAACUUCAAGACAUGGCUACUUGGUCAGACGAGAGCGAAGCCGCCAUUUGACGGCUCGAAUCCAACUCGCGGCAAGAAAAGACGCAAAUCUGAUGGCUACUUCACAUUCGUCUGA